CAAGACGGCGGCAGCGCGGAUCUCCCUGCGCGUCUCACCCGGACCUCGGAUCUGCGGGAUUUCUUUUUCUUUUUCGUAUUUUUGUCUGACCGAGGUGUGAAGACAUAAAAAAAAUAAAAAAAUAAAGGGGACUUUUUACAGUUCACCCUGAGAAGAUGCGUGUCCCGGUGCUCCUCUGUGCGCUGGCGUGUCUGUCCGCGGCGCCGGGCCCGGUGACCGCGGCGGACCGGAGCUGCACCGACCUGCGGCAGUUCUACACCGGGAAGGGGUUCACUCUGGCCGGCGUGCCCCAGACCGAGAUCUCCGGUGAACAUCUGAGGAUGUGUCCACAGGGUCCGACCUGCUGCACCAGCACCAUGGAGGAGAGUCUGGCCGGGCUGACGGCCCGAGAGACGGAGGGACUGAUCAGAGAGGCCGGCCGGUCGCUGCAGGCUGCUUUCAACGCACUCCACAGGAGCUUCGACACCUACUUCACUGAGCUGCACAGUCAUUCCGAGCGCUCCCUCCAGGAGGCGCUGUCCCCGCUCGGCCCUCUCUACUCGCAGAACACCCGUCUGUAUGCCGACCUCUACACCGACCUGCGUCAGUACUACCGCGGCUCCGCUCUCAACCUGGACGAGACCCUGACCGAGUUCUGGUCCCGCCUCCUGGAGCGCACGUUCAAAACCUCCGCCCCCGCAGAUGUCAGCCUAUCAGAGGACUACCUUGAGUGUGUCGCUAAGCAACAGGAGACGCUGCGGCCGUUCGGAGACGUCCCCCGGGACAUGAAGGCGAAGGUGAUCCGGGCUUUUGUCACAGCCCGGUCAUUUGUCCAGGGGCUGAUAGUCAGCGGGGAGGUGGUCAGGAAGGUCUCGCAGGUCUCUCUGAGUCCGGACUGUACGAAGGCCCUGAUGAAGCUGGUCUACUGCCCCCACUGCCGCGGCAUGGCGUCCGUCAAACCCUGCUCCAACUACUGCUCCAACGUCAUGAAGGGCUGCCUGGCCAACCAGGCCGACCUGGACCCCGAGUGGCAAAACCUCAUAGACACCAUGAUCCAGGUGGUGGCGAGUUUCAGCACCGAGCCCAGCCUCGACGUGGUCCUCUCCUCCAUCCCCGCCCGGAUCUACGAGGCCGUUCACUACCAGCAGGAGAACGUGGACGCGUUCACAGCCAAAGUGUACCAGACGUGUGGUCAUCCAGGUGAACCGGGCACAGGAAGUCCCGCCCUCCACGAGCAGCAGAGGAGGAAGAGCGGCUCCCUGACGGCCUCCGAGUACAAACCCUCCCCGACGGCCGGACUCAGGCUGGAGAUGCAGGUGUCCGACCUCUCCAGUAAGCUGAGGGAGAUGAGACAGUACUGGGUCCAGCUCCCGGUGGCCAUCUGCAGCAAACUGGCAGCAGGAGGCGCCGCGCAGGAGAAAUGCUGGAACGGCAUCACCAAGGCCAGAUAUCUUCCAGAGGUGAUGGGCGACGGCUUGGCCAAUCAGAUCAACAAUCCCGAGGUGGAGCUCGACAUCACGAAGCCGGACAUGACGAUCCGGCAGCAGAUCAUGCAGCUGAAGAUCAUGAGCAACAGGCUGAAAAACGCCCUGGACGGAAAUGACGUGGAUUUCCAAGAUGCCAGCGACGACAUCAGCGGCUCAGGGAGCGGGAUGUGCGUGGGCGGACAGUGUCCCCACAACAGACCGGGACUGUACGCCUACUCGCCCGACAACAACCGAGUCCGAGGCGCAGCCGCGUCUCGCGCCCGCCUCUGUGGCCUCCUUCUCCCGCUCCCGUUGGUCUUCCUGCUGCUCCAGCGAUGAUGGACCGCCGCUGCCGCCGAUCAGACUCCGGAGGCCACGGCGGGGGCCCGAACUGUGGGACGGACUCAAAUGGGGUUUUUGGAGAGAUUUGGAAAGUUACAUUGCCAAAAAAAAAAAAGAGAAAAAAAAGAGACAGUUUGGACAAGAUUUUUCUUUUGACCGAGAGGAACUAAAAAAAUUGACAUUGACAAUGUUCUUUUUUGGUUUUGUUUUUGUUUCGCUCUGUUUGAAUAUGUCUUAGUUUGAGUGUGAUUUGGUUUUCUCGGGCUGGUUUCAGUGGAUUCCUGUGAUGAGGGAUUAUGAGAGACGAAGAAGACGAAGAAGAGAACGCUGACCUUACAAGGAUGAAGAUGAGGAGGACAUCGAUAAUGACUCAUUGACUUUCUAUCAGGUUCAUUUGGCUCCAGUGUCCAGUCAGCCGGUGGCAUUGUUCGAUGAAAGAAAUGUUUAGUGCCCCGACACGUGGUGCGUUCAGCAAACACUUUUGAUUUCAUUUUAUAGCUGGAGGCUGUCUAUGCCUUGGCAAACAUUGUGUAAGCUGUAAAUGUCUGUGUACAUUAGCGAAAAGGACUGGCACCAUAAUCAGCCAUGAAUGUACAGUAUAAUACAAUAUUGGCACAAAAAAAAUUCUCCAUAAUCUGUGAUGUGGUUGUCCAGAUGUUUCAGUGUGUGCGUGUGUGUGUGUGUGUGUGUGUGUGUGUGUGUUGGCAUAAACAGAUACAUUGUCAGUUGGAUACGUUUGCAGUAUGCUGAUGAAUUAUCACAAUCUUGAAAUGAGAUUUUGUGAUUGGAUUGUUUUUUGUUUUUUUACCAACUCACCUUUGUAAAAAAAAAGAAAGAAAAAGAAAUGAGCAUCUUCAUCAAAGCACAAACAUGCAGUUCCCUUAAUUCCUUGAACAUUUGUGAAAACACACUCACCAGAUUUUUGUCAGUGAAUAAUGUUUAAAAAAAAGAAGUAAAUUGCAUCACUAUUAAAAAAAGACAACGACAAGGUUUUCAGUUUUUGUACAGACAGUACAUGAUACUCGCAGAAUAUUGACAACACGUGUACGUUAGCCACCUGCUCGGCAUGCCUGCUUUUCAGUCUACACUGCUAUACUGGUACAUGUGGGACUUCUGACACACACACACACACACACGUACACACACACACGUACACACACCGGGGGUUGUGUAUCAAGCUGAUUUUUUUCAUUAUUUCCUGAGUGUAUUGAAUAGCACAUUUCAUUCAUUAAACUCUGUUCGAUUG